CCUCAUCCCCACACCUCUCUCACACUUUCUCUCUCUUUCACUCACUCUCACUCUCUGUCACGGACAGAGAAAAACUCAGACACCCACGUUCACACUUCCAACACACCAUCCCUCCUUGUUUCUUCUUCAUCUUCUUCUUCUUGUUCUGUUCCUUAUUCUUUUUUUCCUUCGUGGAAUGAUGGAACACAACAUCAUCAGCAACACCAACAACGUGAUCGCACCGUUUGUCAUAAAAACCUACAACAUGGUUAACGAUCCCGCCACCGAUAAUCUCAUCACGUGGGGCCCAGCCAACAACAGUUUCAUCGUCCUCGACCCUCUCGACUUCUCUCACUCACUCCUCCCUGCUUUCUUCAAGCACAACAACUUCUCCAGCUUCGUUCGCCAACUCAACACCUACGGUUUCAGAAAGGUGGAUCCGGAUCGGUGGGAAUUCGCGAACGAGUGGUUCCUGCGCGGGCAGAAGCAUUUGUUGAGGAACAUCGUGCGGCGGAAGCAUGGCGGAGGUAGGAGCAGUAAUUUGCAUUUGCAUACCCUGAAGCUGGAAGAGUUGGACGACGGGGUCAUGGUGAUGGAGAUAGCGAAGCUGAAGGAGGAGCAGAAGGCGUUGGAGGAAGAGCUUCAAGGAAUGAACAAGAGGUUAGAGACAACGGAAAAACGACCGCAGCAAAUGAUGGCGUUUCUGUCAAAGGUUGUCGAGGACCCGCAGGUUCUCUCUCGGAUUCUCCGAGAAAGAGAAAGAAAACACCUCAGCGAGAAAAAGCGACGCCAAAUUCCUCCGCCUUCGACGGCGGUGACCUCCUCCUCCUCCUCAUCCGGCAUCAAGACGGAGUUCGAAGAGGACGAGGGUAACAACAUCAUGUCUUCAUCGCCGGAGACAGGUUUGGAAAUCGAUAAUAAUAAUAAUAUUUUAUAUUCGUCGGCGACGGCGGGGUAUUGGGGGGAACAGGGAUGUUAUGGGUAUAAUUGCGGCGGAGUAACGACGCCGUUAACGGUGGUGACACCGGCGGCGCCGGCGAUGGGAGGAGGGUAUUUGGGGCGUGGGAGUUAUUUUGGGGAAAUGGCGGCGGAGGGGAGUGCUCUGCCGCCUUAUCCGUUUUCGUUGUUGGAAGGUGGGUUUUAGAUUUAGUUUUUUUAGAUUAUGACCUGAAUGAAUUAUCACUGCCACAAGAUUUUAUCUUGGAUUCUGUCUUUUGUUUUGAAAGUUCUAUCCUUCUGCGUCGAUUCUGUGUAAAGAAAAGGGAAAAAGAAAAAGGAGAAAAAGAUUUAUUUUUGUUAGA